UUGACAUUUCGAACUUGUUUACGAUUGUGACACCAUUUGCUGUGUUUCUUGUCGAGAAAAGUGCUUAUGUGAUACGUAUCGCGCCUCUUGAAAACUUCAAUCACCGUAGUUUAACAGGAAUGUUAGCUGGAACACCAAGUCGGCUGCUACUCACGAUCGAAACACUCUACAUCAGACAUUUUCCUUGCGUCCCCACCCCUUCCCCUUCUUUGCAACAAGUGUCAUUCAGGCAUUUCCAUGGAGACGACUGUUUAUGUUUUUCCGCCCUUCUUCCCUGCAGGCUUGUCAAGAUCCCGGACGCAGUCUUAAAGUAGCUCGGACACCUGCAGGCUCCUACCAUGGAGGACGAGGACUUGAACUAUGCCAAGACUCAAAAGGCUCCAGCAAGAAAAGGUCGCAGAGCUGCUCCAAGUAUUCCUACCUCAAACUCAUUUGAUGCCAAUGGGUCGACAGAAGACCUCUUGGACAGUUCUCUCUCUGGUCCAUCGUCACCUGUUAAGUCAUCAGUCCCAGUUGCACCUCCAAGAUCAAGACGAACUGGUGGUUGGGCAGAUGAAACCUUAAAAUCAGCCAAAUCAAAGCAUAACUUUCAAGACCCUGCUGAGUUGGAACGAUUCAAAUCUCCUGAAAGGACAAAGCCAGAUUCAGAUGAUGAUAUUCCAGUUAUACCGGAUUUAGAUGAUUUGCAAGAAGAUGAAUUAACAUCCCAAAUAGCAAAAGCUCCCAGUGUUAUUAUAAACAGAGUUGCUACGUACAAAGAACUUGAUUCUGACCUUUUCAAACAUGCUGCAUUUGCAACUCUUGAUGACAUGAAUCUGCGGCUGUUGACAAAGCGUCUUAAUUUAGAGGCUGAUGUUAAAGAGCCUGAUUCCUGUUGGACCUGGGACCUACUAUUUACAGAUGUUGCUUCAGAUUUAAACAAUGAAUUGGAGCAAAUUCAGAAUGCAAAAUCUGCAUGAGGUUCCUGAUCAUAAAAUGGUGAAGGUUGUGAACAGAGCUUGACAUGCUUUUGAACCCUUCAAAAAAUGCUACGUGUUAAUUCUCAUUUCACAGCAAUAAAACUUAUUAGGUUUAAGCUAGUUGUACCCUAGAACUCAGCUUUAUUGUUUUAAGAAUGAUUUAAAAAGCGUCAUUUAUAGCAGCAUAUCUUUAUGUGUCUACAAAACUAAAAUAAUUUUAAA